AUGUCCAACGGCAGCUCCAUCACCCACUUCCUCCUGCUGGCAUUCGCAGACACGCGGGAGCUGCAGCUCUUGCACUUCUGGCUCUUCCUGGCCAUCUACCUGGCUGCCCUCCUGGGCAAUGGCCUCAUCAUCACUGCCGUAGCCUGUGACCACCGCCUCCACACCCCCAUGUACUUCUUCCUCCUCAACCUCGCCCUCCUCGACCUGGGCUGCAUCUCCACCACUCUGCCCAAAGCCAUGGCCAAUUCCCUCUGGGACACCAGGGCCAUUUCUUUCUUGGGUUGUGUUUCCCAGGUCUUUUUCUUUGCCUCCUUCAUCUCAGCUGAGUUUUACCUUCUCACCAUCAUGGCCUAUGACCGCUCCAUUGCCAUCUGCAAACCCCUGCACUAUGGGUCCCUCCUGGGCAGCAGAGCUUGUGUCCACAUGGCAGCAGCUGCCUGGGGCAGUGGCUUUCUCCAUGCUCUCCUGCACACGGCCAAUACGUUUUCAAUACCUCUCUGCCACGGAAAUACUGUGGACCAGUUCUUCUGUGAAAUCCCCCAGAUCCUCAAGCUCUCCUGCUCAGACGCAGACUACCUCAGGGAGAGCGGGCUUAUUGUAGUUGCUGUCUUUUUUUCUUUUGCCUGUUUUGUUUUCAUUGUGGUGUCCUAUGUGCAGAUCUUCAGGGCUGUGCUGAGGAUCCCCUCAGAGCAGGGACGGCACAAAGCCUUUUCCACGUGCCUCCCUCACCUGGCCGUGGUCUCUCUGUUUCUCAGCACUGCCACAUUUGCCUACCUGAAGCCCUCCUCCAUCUCCUCCCCAGUACUAGACCUAGUGAUGUCCAUUCUGUACUUGGUGGUGCCUCCGGCAGUGAACCCCCUCAUCUACAGCAUGAGGAACCAGGAGCUCAGGGAUGCCCUGAGAAAACUA